UAUCUGUAAAUAAGACCAAUGAAAUCAGGUGUGAUAAAAAUUCGCCGGGUGAUAUUAUCCUGCUGCUGACAAUAUUAGUACACGAUGGUUCAAAAUAGUGUAAUACAUUACUUUCUUGCUUUUGGACUGUUUGUUGAAGGUGUGUCAGGUGUGAUCAUCACUCAGCAGACUGUGGUGGCAGCAGUGGGGGGAGAUGCUCAACUCAGCUGUCAGCUCUUGGACAACAAAGAUGUCGUUCAAGUCACAUGGCAGAAAGUUUUACCCAAUGAGAAAAAGGGUGUUGCUUUCUAUAACAAAAAAAUGGGUCCAGUAAUAUACCCUGACUUCAGUGAAAAAAUCAAGUUUAACGAGACUGAAGUGCCGACCACUUCCAUCAUCAUCAUGGACAUAACAGAGCAGGAUGAAGGAUGUUAUCACUGUGUCUUCAAAACCUACUCAGAGGAAAUUCUGAUUAACAGAACUUGUCUCCAGAUCUAUGAGCUGCAUGAACCCGUCCUUCAUGUGGAAGAAUCAAAGUCUCCUGAAGAGACACGUGUGUCCUGUUCAGCCACGGGUCGACCUGCUCCGACUGUAACGCUGACCGCUUCACAACAUCCUCUCUACUCACACAACACCGUCAGUGUCGACAACACCAACGGUACAGUCACCGUCACAACUACAGCCCUGCUGUCAGGUUUCCAUGGCAACAGCACACAGGUUGGAUGUGCAGCACGAGCACCGUCUGGUCCUCAGAAAGAUGUGUUCAUGAUGAUUCCUGGGAAGAAACAGAGAUCUGUUGAUGGUUUGGAUGAAAAAUCUGGUUCCAAUCAGAGAUCAAGAUGGACUUUGAUCAUCAUGAUACCCGUGGUGGUCGGUUUGGUUGCUUCACUUGUCGUCGUCAUCAUCAUCAUCCUGGUCAAAAGCAAAACACAAAACAGGACUGAAGAACCUCUAAAGACAAGAUGAUGGUCGUCAUAAAUGCUCCUACCUGCCUAACAGUCCUGGGCAUUGCCAUCCUACCAACCCCGGGAGGGCCCUGCACUGAGCUCAGGUCUCCUCCCUAACCUGAGGAGUGAGCAGGCCGCUUCUUUUCACCAGACAGGGUGGGGCUUCUCCGGCCGGACGUAGCGCGUGGAAGGAUCAUGUUAUUCCGGCCAGAUCGUCCCCACCCCAUCUGGCGUUCCGGUUGGCCAGAGGGGGCAUGUAUAGCCCAGGACUGUGUGCAUAUUUUUGUGAGGGUAGCUCACAUUAGCUACCCAAGGGAACACGGGGAGAACAUGCAAACUCCACACAGAAAGAUCCUUUCGCCAACCCCACCCAGGGUGUGGGUGCUGAAGUCGUGGGGGAACUAUCACGCACUUCAGCGCCCACAGCGUCCCCGGUGGGAAUCGAACCCAGGACCUUCUUGCUGUGAGACGGCCCCCAUAUAUAUGUAUGUAUAUGUAUGUGUGUGUGUGUGUGUAUGUAUAUAUAUAUAUAUAUAUAUAUAUAUAUAAAUAUAUAUAUAUAUUUAUAUAAAUAACUUAGGCUACAUAUUAAUCCAAGGAAGCUAGAUUUAAAAAAUGAGUGACUUGGACCCAAAGCUGCUGCUGGCCUUCAACCCUCCUUAUGAUAGGUGCCUUAUAAUAUUGUAUUUUGUGUAAUUUUGUGCAAUGAUGAUUCAUAUUAUUUUAUGUUAUCCUGUUCUGAAAAACUAUAAUAUGGACUGAUUUCUGAUUAUUUGAAAAUCAGUCAUGCACACUUUAAGAUGUAAGUCACUUUAGAUAAUAUCGUCUACUAAAUGACAGUAGCAGUAGUAGGACAUUUUCUAUUUUCUUACAUAAUUGUUCUGCGUCACUCCUACUGUGAGUGAAUUUAUUACUUCUUAGAACAUUAAGUAUUAAUCCACAUUGUUAUUGUUUAAAUACUUACUUGUUAUUUUACUGUUUACUGUAAAGUCGUUCCUGCAAUGAUGGAGUAUGAGAACUGCAUCUCAGGGUUUACCAACUUGGAUGAAUUUUUUUGAAUUCUUUCCAAUAAAAAUGU